AUCCGAUAUGGUGUAGUGGCUAACAUCGCCGUCUCUCACACGGCAGCCGGGGGUUCGAUUCCCCCUAUCGGAUUAGCCCUGAAAGGUACAUAUGUACCUAUAUCCUCUAAUCUUGGACUCACCGCCUUCAACAUUGUGAUAGGAGAGCUGCAAUCUGGACCCUUGAACAUUCCGAAAGAUCCAUGGAUGUGA